CAAAGAACUGAAAGAAACAAGGGGGAGCGCAGGAGAAGUGAACAUUUUUGAAAGAUCAGUCAGCUCUAACACACCUGGGCUGGGUCUGGAUAAAAAAAGUGGGACCUGCAAACGUCUUGGAGAAAAAUAUCAGGAGGAGAAAGACAGAGAGGGGGGUUUAUUCAAAGUUGUUUCCAGUCCCUUCCAAAUCUCAAAGAAGGUGGCUAUGGUAUGGAUGUAACCAAGAAAAACAAACGAGAUGGCACCGAGGUCACUGAAAGAAUUAUCACGGAAACAGUAACUACAAGACUUACAUCUUUACCGCCAAAAGGGGGAACCAGCAACGGCUAUGCUAAAACAGGCUCUCUUGGUGGAGGGAGCCGGCUGGAGAAGCACAGCCUGACCCAUGGCAGCAGUGGGUACAUAAACUCGAGUGGGAGCACUCGAGGCAACGCCUCCACGUCCAGUUACAGGAGGGCUCACUCCCCUGCCUCCACUCUGCCCAACUCACCGGGCUCCACCUUUGAAAGGAAAACUCACAUCACCCGCCACGGAACAUACGAAGGGAGCUCCAGUGGCAACUCUUCUCCGGAGUACCCUCGGAAGGAGUUCGCAUCUUCUUCAACUAGAGGAAGGAGCCAAACACGAGAAAGUGAAAUCCGAGUCCGACUGCAGAGCGCGUCCCCUUCUACCCGAUGGACGGAAUUGGAUGAUGUUAAGCGUCUGCUCAAGGGGAGCCGCUCAGCCAGCGUGAGCCCCACCCGGAACUCCUCCAACACCCUCCCCAUCCCCAAGAAAGGCAUGGUGGAGACCAAAAUGGUGACGGCCAGCUCCCAGUCGGUGUCCGGCACCUAUGAUGCCACCAUCUUGGACGCCAACCUUCCCUCCCACAUGUGGUCUUCCACCUUGCCGGCCGGGUCCUCCAUGGGGACCUAUCACAACAACGUGACAACCCAGAGCUCGUCCCUCCUCAACACCAACGCCUAUUCUGCAGGAUCCGUCUUCGGAGUUCCAAACAACAUGGCAUCCUGCUCUCCCACGCUGCACCCCGGGGUCAGCACCUGCUCCUCAGUGUUCGGCGUGCAGAACAACCUGGCACCCAGCUCAUCCACCCUGUCCCACAGCACGGCCACCGCCUCCGCAGCGUAUGGUGUGAAGAAGAACCUGCCCCAGAGCCCCGCCGCCGUGAGCACUGGCGUGUCCACCUCUGCGGCCUGUACCACAAAUGUCCAGAGUGAUGAUCUCCUGCACAAGGACUGCAAAUUCCUGAUCCUGGAGAAAGACAACACGCCGGCCAAGAAGGAGAUGGAACUGCUGAUCAUGACCAAGGACAGCGGGAAGGUCUUCACUGCUUCCCCGGCCAGCAUCACUGCAACUUCUUUUUCAGAUGAUACCCUCAAGAAGGAAAAGCAAGCUGCCUACACUACGGACACGUGCCUGGUGUCAGAAGCUAACGGAGAUGUGAAGACUGUGUCCACCAAGGGCAAGGCCGCCUCUGCAGAAAUCCACAACUACAAGCACCGGGGCGUUGGCGGUGUAGGCGGCAGCGGCGGCGGCGGGGGCGGCGGGGGCCCGUGGGGGGCGGCGCCAGCUUGGUGCCCCUGCGGCUCCUGCUGCAGCUGGUGGAAGUGGCUGCUGGGCCUGCUGCUCACCUGGCUGCUGCUCCUGGGGCUGCUCUUUGGCCUCAUCGCUCUAGCGGAGGAAGUACGGGCGCUGAAAGCGCGGGUGGCCGCGCUGGAGCAGAGCCGGGGCGGCGUGCUGCUUUACAAGGACACGGUGGAGCGCGCCAGCAAGGACCGGCUGCAGGGCGCUGCCCCGGGCGCGGGAGCAGGCGCGGGGAAGCUGGGGCUGGACGGCCACAGUCAGGAGGAACUCUGGCUGUUCGUGAGGGACAGGCUGAUGGCAGAACAAGAAAGCGGAAAUCUCCGAGGAAGCCCCGGCCCGAAAGGUGACAUGGGAAGUCAAGGCCCUAAAGGUGACCGAGGUCUCCCUGGGACUCCAGGCAUCCCUGGGCUCUUGGGCCACCCGGGUCCGGAAGGACCAAAGGGACAAAAAGGCAGUGUGGGAGAGCCGGGCAUGGAGGGACCCAUGGGCCAGAGAGGGCGAGAAGGUCCCAUGGGACCUCGCGGUGAACCAGGGCCUCCUGGGUUUGGAGAGAAAGGAGACAGAGGGGCUGCUGGUGAACCCGGUGUUCAGGGCCCACCCGGCGUCCCAGGUUCUGUGGGUCCCAAAGGUUCCAGUGGUUCUCCUGGCCCACGGGGUCUCCCAGGCCCUAUAGGUUCCCAAGGGCUCCGAGGUGAAGUUGGACUCCCUGGUAUCAAAGGUGACAAAGGCCCUCUGGGGUCACCAGGACCCAAAGGUGACCAGGGAGAGAAAGGACCCCGAGGCCUCACAGGUGAGCCGGGCAUGAGAGGCUUGCCUGGUGCUGUGGGUGAGCCUGGAGCUAAAGGAUCAGUAGGACCCGCUGGCCCCGACGGACACCAGGGUCCAAGAGGUGAACAAGGUCUGAUGGGGAUGCCUGGAACCCGCGGCCCGCAAGGGCCUUCUGGAGACCCAGGAAAGCCAGGUCUCACAGGACCUCAGGGACCUCAGGGACUUCCUGGCAGCCCCGGCCGCCCAGGAGUUAAAGGUGAACCCGGAGCUCCAGGCAGGAUCAUGACUUCAGAGGGGUCAUCAACGAUCACUGUCCCAGGCCCCCCGGGGCCUCCUGGAGCCAUGGGACCACCGGGCCCUCCAGGUGCCCCAGGUCCUGUGGGUCCAGCUGGUCUCCCUGGACAGCAAGGCCCACGCGGGGAGCGAGGACUUGCUGGAGAAUCAUUCAUGGGCAGCAGCAGCUCCAUCUCUGAGUUCCUCUCUGCCCAAGGUCUUGAUUUACGAGGUCCCCCAGGCCCACCUGGACCACCUGGGCCUCCAGGAGAAGGCCUGCCAGGCCCACCAGGCCCACCGGGAUCUUUCCUGACCAACUCAGAGACCUUCUUCUCUGGCCCCCCUGGCCCCCCAGGCCCCAAGGGAGACCCAGGCCCCCCAGGCCCCCGAGGACACCAAGGCGAGCAAGGCCUCCCAGGGUUCUCUGCCUCAGGUUCCGGUUCUCUCGGACUCAACCUGCAGGGACCACCUGGCCCCCAGGGACCCAAAGGGGACAAAGGUGAUCCUGGGGUCCCAGGGGCUCCUGGCAUUCCUGGUGGUCUUUCUCAAGGGGGAUCAUCAUCGAGCACCAUGUUCAUGCCGGGCCCCCCAGGCCCCCCAGGCCCCCCAGGCCCUCCAGGCUCCAUCAGCAGCUCUGGCCGGGAGAUCCAGCAGUACAUCUCUGAGUAUAUGCAGAGCGACAGCAUUCGGUCCUAUCUCUCUGGAGUUCAGGGUCCCCCUGGACCACCCGGUCCCCCAGGACCUGUCACCACCAUCGCGGGGGAGACUUUCGACUAUUCAGAGCUGGCAAGCCGCGUCGGGAGCUACUUACAGACCUCGGGGUACAGCAUCAGCUCCUCCAUCUCUUCUGAGGACAUCGUGGCUGUGCUGAAGCGGGAUGACGUGAGACAGUACCUGCGUCAGUAUGUGAUUGGAGAUUGGUCCCUCCAGUCUUUGGACUACGCGGAGCUGAGCAGUCGCAUUCUCAGCUACAUGUCCAGCUCUGGAAUCAGCAUUGGGCUUCCUGGCCCCCCGGGACCCCCUGGCUUGCCAGGGACAUCCUACGAGGAGCUCCUCUCCUUGCUUCAGGGGUCUGAAUACAGAGGCAUCAUUGGGCCCCCAGGUCCCCCUGGGCCCCCAGGUAUCCCAGGCAACGUGUGGUCCAGCAUUAGCGUGGAGGACCUCUCUUCCUACCUGCACACUGCAGGCGUGUCGUCUAUCCCCGGCCCUCCGGGCCCUCCUGGUCCUCCAGGCCCUCGAGGGCCUCCGGGUGUCUCGGGAGCUCUAGCAACCUAUGCAGCCGAAAACAGUGACAGCUUCCGGAGUGAACUGAUCAGCUACCUCACAAGCCCAGAUGUGCGGAGCUUCAUCGUGGGCCCACCAGGCCCUCCAGGGCCCCAGGGGCCGCCCGGGGACAGCCGCCUCGUGUCCAUGGAUGGCUCCUACAGCCGGGGCAGCAGGUCCUCCUCUCACAGCGCGUCGGUCAGUCGGGACUCCUCCUACAGCUCUUCCAUGGGCAUAGGAGGAUCCAGUGGAGGCUCCCUUGGUGAAGGGGGGGCCUUUGGCCUGGACAUGGGCCUGGGCCGAGGCUACGGGGGAGCAGCAGAAGGUGGCAUGUACGGUGGUGAAGGUGGACCGUUCGGGGCUGGCUUUGCCGGAGGUCUAGACUACAACGAGCUGGCUGUUCGGGUGUCUGAGAGCUUGCAGCGUCAGGGCCUGCUGCAAGGGAUGGCCUACACUGUCCAGGGCCCACCGGGCCGGCCAGGGCCCCAGGGCCCCCCCGGCAUCAGCAAGGUCUUCUCUGCCUACAGCAACGUGACUGAGGACCUCAUGGACUUUUUCCGAACUUAUGGAGCCAUUCCAGGCCCCCCUGGGCAGAAAGGAGAGGUGGGCACCCCAGGACCCAAAGGUGAGAGGGGACCCACAGGACCACCAGGUCGGCCUGGGCCACCCGGCCCUCGAGGGCACAAAGGAGAAAAAGGAGACAAAGGUGACCAAGUCUAUGCAGGGCGGAGAAAGAGAAGCAUCGCCCUCAAGCCAUGAGUGUGGAGCAACAGCCUCUGGCACCAGUUCUUGCAAGGCUUACGGCCUCCUGUCAAAAUCUCUCCAGAGGGCGGAAGGAAGCUGGAGGCUCACUUCCUACCGAGACAGCACAGCCACACAGUGAAACGGAACACCUGUUUUAGUCUGGAACAGUCUCUAUACAGAUGUAUCAUCCAGCUGAAGCUACACAACCUGAACCGCUCCCCAGGGCGACGCUACGGCAGCUGCAGCUGCAGGACACGACUGGCAGCUCUGCUAGCUCGCCCUGAGCCCCUUGGCUGCUUCAGCUCGUAGCUCUAGCCCCAACCCAGGAAAGCCAGUCCCAUACAAGUUGGCUUAGGAGUGUUUGAGCUUUGCCUAAGAAUGAGCCAGAAAAGGGAAGACGGGGAUAGGGUGUGUUCUGGUGAUCACUGUAAGGCUGUGCUGUCUGCUCCUUCCUCCCUGUUUGUUCUGCAUUCUCUAGUCAUAGAAAGGACUUGGCUAAGAAGCAACUCUUGCAACUGAAAAAAUUAAGAAAUUCACUUCCCCUGAAGGUGGUAACAGGGUUUCUAAUAGUCAUUUCUCACCAUAUAUCCUAUUCCCACUUGCUUAGAAAGUCUGGCUGAUUGUAGCUAUGGUCUAUUUCUACAGGGGUAUGCUAGCAUUUAGAGAGGGGUUCUACUGAACUAGACCACAGCAAGGGGGAGAAGAAGGGCAGUUGGGAAGGAGGGAAAAUAGAAAACUCGAUGCUGGGAAAUGGCACGGGGCACUGGGCACAGUUGGUUUUAAGCACUUUGCGGUAUCUAAAACAUGUAUGUGGUCUGUUAGAUGAAAAGUCAUUUCAAUUGCAAAAUUUCCAAUUAAAGUUUUUUUCUUAAUAUUA